GCUUUUCUUGCUCUUGGGGGUGUCUUUUUUCCCCACUUCCUGCUGCUGGGCCACCUUCUCUUCAGGCUUUUGCUUCUCUGGAAAUGAAAAAUACAUCAGUCAGGUGAUCCUUCACCAAAAACACGGGACAGAGAAAUUCAAAUUGGAUUCGAUUUAGUUGUGUAGUGUUCAAAUCUUGCAUGCAGGUACAGGAUGCAGUUAGUGACUCAGCUUUAAAGGAAACAUGCCUAUUUGCUUUCUGCUGCAGAGAGGCUCGAUCCAGAACUUACCGCUUUGCAGCGCAUCUUCUAAAGCAAACUCCAAGCUGUCGAGGAAGAGGAGGAUAAGUAUGCCAACGUGCAGCAGCAAUAUGUCUAAGACGAGAGAUUACAGCAGCCAGUCCUACACUCCCGGGAGCAAGCCGCCCAAAAGCACCGCGAGCAACAAGAUCGACACGUCGGGCAAAUCCAGAGAGAAGGAUGACAUGAUGGGACUCAACGACAAGUUCGUCAAUCUGAUCGAAAAGAAAAAGAACUUGGAGGAUCAGAACAAAAAGCUUAACACCAAACUGAAGAUCCUCAUGGAGAAGGAGGACUACGAUGGAAAAAUUAACUUAAUCGUCAAGCAGUCGGAAAACGAGAUGGAGCAGCAGAUCGAGAACUUGCUCAACGACCAAGAAAAACUGAAGGCUGAGCUGCUCAUGAACCAGGAAGAUCUUGACGACACCAAGAAGAGUUAUGAAGUUGAGUUUAGAAAAAAAGCUGAUCUGGAGAACGAGUUUAUCAUCAAGAAAAAGGAAGUAGAUGAGAGCCACUUGGAUGAAGUAGAUCUGGCUUUGGAGCUGGAAGACCUGAUGGGAAAACUGGACUUCCUCAGGAUUGGCUAUGAUGAGGAGAUCAAGGAGAUGCAGUCGCAGGUCCAGAACGAGUCAGUGGUCUUACACGAAAACAACAAACGAUCCCUGGAUAUGGACGAAAUCAUUAAUGGUGUCAAGAAUCAGUAUGCAGAUCUGGCCUCCCGCAGCAAGCACGAAGCAGAGCAGUGGAAUCAGAAAAAGAUGGAUGCACUGGUCCUAAAUGUAGGAGAGCGUGAGCAGGAAGUGCGUUAUUUAAGGAGGGAUAUCGCUGACCUGGUGCGCACCAUCCAGAGGCUCAACGGCGAACUGGAGGCUCUCAUAAGAAAGGAAGAGUCCAUGAAGAGCAACACCACUGAGUUGAAGCAAGAUGGCAACGCAAACUUAAAGAAGGCUCGGGAGGACAUCGCCAAUCUGGAGGAGGCCUCUAGGCGGGUCAGACAGGACUUGGCGGGACAGAUCCGAGAACACCAAGAGCUGAUGAACCUCAAGCUGGCUCUGGACAUCGAGAUCGCCACCUAUCGCAAGCUGCUGGAGGGCGAGGAGCAGAGAAUGAGUAACUUCAUGCAUCGCCCUGCAGAUUUCUAAAAAAAACAACCAACCAAUCCAAGUCCUUACUUGCACGCAGACGUUCACCUGCCAUCGAAGAAACACCUUCCAGAGAAACCACGAGCCCCAGAACCCUCCGAGGUCCCGAGAGAAACUGCUAUCCCGGCCUCGAAGAAACGCCUGCUGAUCCAGGUGGAGGUGCAGUUCGGAAUAGUGGUGUCCGAAAUCUCCCAUUACUCUGAAUAUUGACCGGGACUGUCUGUCCAUCACCUCUGUCCGCAAAAUGUGAAUCAAAUAAAUUAAAAUCACUGUUAACUUCUCUUUAAAUCCAAUACUUUAUCUUUACGCUCUGUGUGCAAAAGCUUCUUGGCAGGUUGAUCGUUUUUUCCUAGAAUCCGUGCUUGUUUGAGAUGUUUUGUUUAUGUCCAUGUGGCAGUGUUUAAAAAAAUGUUUUCUUAUAUGUGUUUUCCUUUGCAAAGGUUGUUUUUGUGUAUUUGUCAGCUUUAUUCAGUUGUUUCUCUCCUAACUUUGUGAGCAAAAAUAAGAUUGUAGCCUAUAUGUGAUAACGAAACGCUGAUACAUUUAACACUCAAAUAAAGAACAGGUGAAUAAA